UGGGAUCUGAUUCUAUUCACAUCCACAGUACCCAAAGCCCUGAGCAUUUUCUGGUUGGAUGAUGUCUACAUCUCCUUUGGAGGCUGUGUCACUCAGCUCUUCUUUAUGCAUUUUGCCUUUGCCGCGGAAUCAGGUAUUCUCUUGGCCAUGGCUUUUGACCAUUAUGUGGCCAUCUGCUACCCACUGAGGUAUACCACCAUUCUUAGCCAUGCUGUCACUGGCAAAAUAGGGGGUGUUGUGGUGUUCAGAAGUUUUGCAACCAUCUUCCCCAUUGUCUUCCUUGUGAAGCGUCUGCCCUUCUGCCAGACAAAUAUCAUUGCCCACACCUUCUGUGAACACAUGGGGCUGGCAAAGCUGGCCUGUGCAGAUAUCACCAUCAAUAUUUGGUGUGGAAUCUCUGUGCCACUACUCAGUGUUAUGGUAGAUAUGGUGACGAUAGUCAUCUCCUAUGGGCUCAUUGUUCGAGCAGUCUUCAGGCUGCCGUCCCACGAUGCUCGGAUGAAAGCGCUCAGCGCCUGUGGUGCCCACGUCUGUGUCAUCCUCAUGUUCUACCUUCCAGGGAUUUUCACUGUCAUUGCUCAGCGCUUUGGCCAAAAAAUCCCCAAGCAUGUCCACAUCCUGCUGGCCAAUCUCUAUGUUCUUGUCCCCCCCAUGAUGAACCCAAUUAUCUAUGGAGUAAAAACCGAACAGAUUCGUGAACAAGUGGCCCUUGUGUUUUCUCCAAAAGUGAAAUGUUGCUGA